AUGGGAGAUGAGUCGUACCCAGAAUGCAGAGCCCAGGAGUUGUUUGAUGAGUUUGUUGCUGCAGCGACCUGCAGGGCGGUGCUGCGCUCUUUCAGCCAGCUGUGUGAACAUCUGCAGCUCGACCCAAAAACAGCUGAGCGCCCGCUGUACCAGCCAAUCAAACGCCGCCUCAACUACUGGAGGGCCAAUGGCCUGUGGGCCAAACUGGACCGCCGUGCCUCCCAGGACCAGUACCUGAGGGCCCGGGCCUGCUCCGGCACCACGUGCGUGGUGGUGGGUGCGGGCCCCUGUGGUCUGAGGGCCGCUGUGGAGCUGGGCUUUCUGGGGGCCCGGGUGGUGCUGCUGGAGAAGAGAGACUCGUUCUCCAGGAACAACGUGCUGCACCUGUGGCCCUUCACCAUCCACGACCUGCGGGGCCUCGGGGCCAAAAAGUUCUACGGGAAGUUCUGUGCCGGCUCCAUCGACCACAUGAGUAUCCGGAAGCUGCAGCUCAUCCUCCUGAAGGUGGCGCUGUUGUUGGGGGUCGAAGUUCACGUCAGUGUGGAGUUCAAACAGCUGCUGGAGCCCCCCGAGGACCAGAGUCACAAGGUGGGCUGGAGGAUGGAGGUGGUUCCCAGGUCUCAUCCUGUCAGUCAGCUGGAGUUUGAUGUGAUCAUCGGAGCGGACGGACGCAGGAACACGCUGCCAGGUUUUAGGCGUAAAGAGUUCAGAGGGAAGCUCGCCAUCGCCAUCACAGCCAACUUCAAGAACAGGAACACCACCGCUGAGGCCAAAGUGGAGGAGAUCAGUGGAGUGGCCUUCAUCUUCAACCAGAGGUUCUUCCAGGAGCUGCGACAGGAAACGGGGAUCGACCUCGAGAACAUCGUGUACUACAAAGACGACACGCACUACUUCGUGAUGACGGCAAAGAAACAGAGUCUACUGGAGAAAGGAGUCAUUCUGCAGGACUUCGCCGACACCGAGCAGCUUCUCUCUCGGAGUAACGUGGACCAGAAUGCAUUGCAGGCAUACGCCCGCGAGGCUGCCAACUUCUCAACCAAUCACCAGCUGCCAUCUCUGGACUUCGCCAUGAACCACUACGGCCAGCCCGACGUCGCCAUGUUUGACUUCACCUGUAUGUACGCAUCAGAGCACGCCGCCAUGAUCCGCCAACGCCACGGGCACCAGCUGCUGCUCACACUGGUGGGAGACAGUCUGCUGGAGCCCUUCUGGCCAAUGGGAACAGGCAUAGCUCGAGGUUUCCUGGCUGCUCUCGACUCGUCCUGGAUGAUUCGUCGAUGGUCUCGGGGAGACGCCCUAUUGGACAUCCUCGCUGAGAGAGAGAGUGUGUACCGGCUGCUCCCUCAGACGACUCCAGAGAACAUGCAGAAGAACAUCAGCCUGUUUACUCUGGAACCAACAACCAGAUACCUGAACACAAACCACCUGACCAGCACACCUGCACAGGUGAGACACCUGGUUGACACUGGAGAAGAGGCGGGGCUAAACUCAGACUGUGAUGACAUCAUACACCUGACGUCGCCCAGGUUGCUGCAGCAGGAGUCCUUCUCUCAGUCCAAUCAACUGUUGACAUGGUGUCAGGAGCAGACUCGUGGUUACCGUGGCGUUGCCGUUAACGACCUGAGUACUUCCUGGAAGAGUGGGCUGGCUCUCUGUGCCCUGAUCCACCGCUUCAGACCAGACCUCCUUGCCUUUGACUCUCUGGACGCGGCGGCGGUCGGGGAGAACACUCGGCUGGGCUUCGACGUGUCGGAGCGAGAGUUUGGGAUCUCUCCUGUGAUGACGGUGGAGGAGAUGCUCGCUGUGGGAGAACCUGACUCUCUGUCCAUGCUCAUGUACCUGAGUCAGUUCUACCAGCUGCUCAAAGACACAGCGCCCCCUGCUGGUGAGACCUGCACACUGCAUCACAUCACUGAUAUGAUGAAGGCUCAUUUCUCUCCAGUUUCUCUUCUCAGCAGAUUAGGAAACAAUUUGUCCCGCAAACGAAACCCAAAGGAACACAGAGGCGCUUUGGGUAAAAGGAGGAAAACCAGUCAAGAGGAGCAGGAAUCAUGUGACCUGAGCGGCAAUGAUGUCACCGAGGUGUUUGUGGGCGGGUCCAGAGUGCGUCUGAUGGCCAAUCAGCUGCAGGCAAAGCUGGACGAGAGCUCCUGCAGGUGUUCUUCUUCUUCUACUGUCCAAACACAGCAGGAGGAGCCAGUGACCUGCCUCUCGUCCCCCUCGGAGGCUUCAGUCCAGCCGUCGCCAUGGAGACCGAGGAAACGGACCCAGCAACAGGAGCAGAUGAGUUUCCGGUUCAAAGAGAAGAUCAAGUCAGCAGCAGACGAGCAGGUACACGUUGCGGGGCUUCCUGCCGGCAGCAGCGACGUGUGUUUCUUCUGUAAGCAGAGAGUUUAUGUGAUGGAGCGUCUGAGUGCUGAAGGUCUGUUCUUCCACCGAAGCUGCUUCCAGUGUGAGUCCUGCAGCAGCUCGCUCAGACUGGCUGAAUACGCGUACCACGGCCCCAGCGGGAUGUUUUACUGUCUGCAGCACUACGACUCUCGUCUCAGCGCUCCGACUGCGAAGAAGAGACCGGCUCCGUCUGACAGAACUUCUUCUCACCGGACUUCAGUCGCGUCUCUGGGUUCGGCUCGGUCCUCCGCUGAUUCUGGACCGGCAGAACGCCGUCGCUCCUCAGCGGUCUCUCUGAUGGAGGCGGGCAGGAAGCUGCAGGCGACGCCCGAGAGGAUCGAACUGGAAAACUACCGGCGGAGCUCGAAGGUGGAGACGGAGCUGCUGGAGGAGAGCGAGGAGCCGGAGGAGGUUUCUGAGGAGCUGCUGAACCGGUUCAACCUGAGUAUGGACAGGUCAGUUCACUCUGAACACACAAGAAACAGGUCAAAGGAGGAGGAGGAGAGAGUUGGAGGCCGUUGGCACCGUGUGACCUCUGAGACGGCCAUAGCUUCAUGGAGGGAGACUCUGCAGCUCCACCUGAGAGAUGAAGAAGAGGAGGAGGAAGAAGAGGAGGAGGAGGAAGAAGAGGAGGAGGAAAAGGACGAGGAAGAGGAGGACAGUGAAGAUGAAGAGCAGGGAGGCAGUGAGGUGGAGUCCAGUGACGGAAGUGAUGUCACACCUGUGGAGCUUGACUCCUCCUCCUCUGACACUCACCUUCCCUUCUGCACACCAUCACCUGUGACUCCGCCUCUUGCCCCAACGCCCUCCACCGCCUCCUUUAUCACCACACCUGACUCCGCCCCCUCCAGCUUAGAGGACAGAGAGGAAAUGCCGCCCACACCUGUGGUCGUCAUGGAAACAGCAGCUCAGAGACACGCCCCCCUACCUGCUGCUUGGGGAGUAGCCAGAGGGCGGGGCUCUUUUGAUGACAUCAGCCCUGAACUCCCGCCAAAAAAGCCCCUCGUCCUGCAGGAGAGGGGGGCGGGGUCAGGUGAGGAGGGGGUGGGGCCAAGUGAGGAGGAGGGAAGGAGGAAACACAGAGGAGCACGCACUCUCCCCCCUCGACUCCCCCUGCAGGCCGGAGGCGGGGCUCUCCUCCACCUGAGGGGUCUACGGGAGGCUCCGCCCCUCAGACAGCUGCAGGGGGGCGGGGCCAAGGCCCUGUGGAGGGCGGUUUUCCCUGGAAACAGGAAGAAGAGGAGGAGGGGCGGGGCUUCACUGCCAGGUGCACAGAAGCUGGAGAAGGAAGCAGCCAAUCCCAGGAGAGCUACAGGUGAUGAUGAAUACUCGGAUCUGGACUCGUCCUCUCUGCUGCAGAGGUGCUCACUGACUCCCCGAAACAACCUUCGUCUGCAGCUGUUCGAUCUCACGUCUGAAAUUCAGAGAGUCUCCAUAAAAGAAGAAGAUGAAGAAGAGCAGCCGCCGUACGUUCCUCACGCGCUCGCCUUCAAGCGGUCCUACGCCAUCAAGAGACGGUCUCGGAAGGACCGGGUCCCGGAGUCGGACGGACUGUCUUCGUGUCCCACUGAGGUGGUCGGGGUCCUGGUCCAGCCGAAGGAGCCGUCCAGUCUGAGUGUGAAGGAGACCAUGUUCCAGAGGGGACGAGAGUCCGAAGACUUGGACGCUAAAAUCACCCGACGGGUUCAAAGAGCCGCGAGAAGCCAAGCGAAGAAAGAAGAAGUGAAGAGACUCCACCAGGCUCAGAUGAUUCAGAGGCAGCUGCAGCAGGUGGAGGAGAAGCAGAGACAGCUGGAAGAGAGAGGAGUGAUGGUGGAGAAAGCUCUGAGAGGAGAAGCAGAUUUUUGGGGAGACUCUGGAAACAGUCCAGAUGUGGAUCUUCAGCUGAGAGGACUGGGUGAACUGGAGAACCCAGGUUUGAUGCAGCAGUGGUUCCAUCUGGUCCAGCAGAAGAACGUUCUGGUUCUAUACGAGUCUGAGCUCAUCAUACUGGCUCGAGAGCUGCAGCUGGAGGACCGGCAGAGUCGCCUGCAGCAAGAACUCAGAGAGCGGAUGGCUGUGGAGGACCACCUGAAGGAAGAGGCGGAGCUGCUGGCGGAGCGUCUGAUCCUGGAGGAGAUGUUGGAGGUGGUGGAGCAGAGAAAUGCUCUGGUGACUCUGCUCGAGGAGCAGCGGCUGCAACUGGACCAGGACCAGCACCAGAACCAGGACCUGGACCAGGACCAGGACCUGGGUCUGCAGUGGACUUGA